AUGCCAACAACGGUAAAAACCUGCCGUCGUCUUCCCCACGGCUUCGUUGGCGACGGCAUCCUGACGUGGCAGCUCCAAGUCCUCGCCCUUGCGAGGGACUAUGCAGUCUACGCACCGGACCUCCUCUUCUUCGGUGGUUCCUCCACCGGCAACGGCCGCCGGACUGUGGGAUUCCAGGCGGAGUGCCUGGCAAGGGGGCUGGCAAAGCUGGGAGUGCAGCAGUGCACAGUGGUCGGGUUCAGCUACGGCGCGGUGGUGGCGUUCAGGUUGGCCGAGUUGCGGCCUGAGCAGGUAGAGUCGGUGGUGGCGACGUGCUCUGGCCCGGUGCUGACGGAGUCGCUGAGCCGAGAGUGCUUAGAGAGGUUGGGGUUUCCGACGACAGCACCUCGUCGUCCAUCAAAAUUUGACACCUCUCGUCCCCUCCUUUGCUUUUGGAUUUCCUUUGUAGUUCCUAUGGUCCAGCGUCGCCACUCAUCAAAACCGGUGACAAACUCGCUUAGUUCAUCGGCUCCUUCAAACAUUGUGAGUGCGAGCAUUGGCUUGGACCGAAGUUGCCGCUUCUGA